AUGAGUCGUGACAAUGGCGCUGUGUCACCGCCUAUCUACAUCCUCAAGACGACCCAACGGGCGACGACCGCUCUUAGCAAAGCGCUGGACGCUUUAGGGUACAGUCGUCUAGAACCUAGACCUGAUCUAGGUAACCAAACAGCAUCAUACAACACAUACCUCGAAGUUACGUCGAGUUCGGAAUUGGAAGGGAUAUCUACAUUUGAUCAAGACGCCAAAUUUAUAUUGCCUCGAGGGAGUGGGAAUACUAAAAGGGGAUGGUGGAUACAGGGCGCUCAUGAACUGAAGCGAUCGCAAUCCUUAGCCAAGGAUGAUGCUUGGUUGGCUCACGACUUGUUUUCCGAGGAGAAUGGCGCGCAAGAGCUUCUUGAAUUGGAUGUGCUUGCUCUAGAGACGGCGACGCAAGCAGAAAACUGGGUAACGCUUUGCAAGUUUCUCGGUAUGGGAUAUAGUGUGGUCGAAAGAUUGGGAUUAUGGCAUUUCCCUCAAUAA